AUGGGGUUGAAAUUCAUACAGCAAACCCAUCUCCGUAUUGGAGGCUAUUCCAAGUUUGGCCGGCAAUGUUUGACGAUUUUGGCACAAGACAACCGUAUAGAUAUCCCUUUCAACACCGUUCAGGAACUCAUCGCAAACCAUGCAUCACAGAGUAUGAUGCUCGUUUUGGAAGAAGCACCAAGGUUCUACUCCCAAGCGCUGUGUCUCUCCGACAAUAACGCCAAGUGGGAACGGCAAGCGAGCUGUCCGUCCUGGAAGGAUCAUGCUAAGUGCGUGGCGCACUGCCUGGUCUACCAACUGAUACCUAUGAGCGAAUACUAUCCGACAAUCCGAGCCCUCAAAGCCCAGGACAUUCUGUCCCUAAGCCAGCGGAACAUACCGGUGAAAUCUUCUCCGGUCCUCACGUACGAGGACUGUGUGCCAAGGUUGAGUGCAUGCGAAGGGAAGAUGCAAAGUCUGGGUACGGCAAGGGAAGGUAUAAUUCCAAUUCCAAUCCUCUUCCAGGUCCAGUCGCUUAUCUGGGACAACUAUCUACACCCAUACGGCGGGCUUUGUACACUUGAUAUCAUUGAGCGCAUUGCCAGAGACAGCACUCGAGUUAUCAAAAUUUUGCAGGACACGGGGACUAACCCCCAGUGGUUUGUAGCGCAACAAGACAACUUCUUGAAGGACCAGGGUAUUGGCAGUGCCCUAGGACUGCCAUCGUUUAUCAAACAACUCGACAGGAUGCGCAUAGACUACCGCCGCGACAGAUUUCUCAAGUCUGUUGUUGAGCAUGCCGUGCUACGCGAGCAAGUGGGUAAAGUUCAAGUUGAUUAG